UCAUAUUUGCUAUUACAGGAAGGGCACAAAGGCGUGAAACUCUCCAGGCAAUCCAAUGUAGCCAUAACAAUGACAUACCUUGGACAAAGGCUUCCAGUCAAAUCCAGAGACGAGAUGAAAGUCUUCCAGCAGAUCUGUGGGGGAGAGAAUAUCUGUGUUUUUAAAGGCCACUUACUUCCAGGAGAAUGCUUCCAGUUUGUUUCUAAAAGACAUUAUGGCUACCCCUUCAGCGCAACCUUCUUUGUCAAUGGUAUCAUGGCUACAAGGAUUAGCUCUUGCUGUGAAUACAGGUACUCCAUAGGCUUCCAGCAGGGAAAACAGGGCUGCUUCAGAGUUAUUAAUCUCCAGGGAGGACAGCCAUGUUACAGAUGUGCAAGCACACGAAACUGGAAAAAGAACACUUGGAAAGCUGAAGGAAAUGAAGAGGACAACAAUUUCUGCAGUGCUCCAUCUGAGGAGAAUUUGGAAAGCGCUGAAAAAGAAUCAUGUGUCUCCUCCCCUCUGUUCAUCCCAGUAAAGAGAAGUGGCAAAAAGAGCAGAAGGUCAUUGCAGGCCAGCAGAAGACAUUAUCAAGAGGCAGUCAGUGGGUCAACAGACGAAGACUGGCAUUGCGCUACAGAAACAGGUGACUGCCGCAGGCAGAGGGAAGACGUUCAGAAGAAACGUUCAGAAGACAUUAGUGCCCCUGCAGGUGAGGAGGCCUGCACUGAAGAAAGAACAAGUCUAGAGAUGGCAGAGACUGUGUCCUCACAGCCUGGUAACACACAGGAAGAAACCAAUAGUUUAAUUCCUGCCACGGCCAUGCAAAAGACAAAAUUAAAAAAACCAAAGAGUUUAAAACUUAAGAAGAAAAAAGAUGAGCUCGAAAAUGAAAUAACACUGAACACUGGAAAUAUGUCUGUUAAAUAUUCACUACGGGAUGGGUUAUCCCACUGUCAACAAGAAAGUGCAAAGGAGACUGAACUAAGGGGGCAGUUAAACAGAAACACACUCCAUGAUAAGCAAAUUGGAAUCACCUCUAAACCUGAAAACAUCCCAGACCAGCAGAACUUGCUCAACAAAGAUGUGGAAAAGAGACAAAGAUUGCAAGAGAAACUGUCCUCUGUGUUUUUCACUGAGAAUUGUCCCUCAGAUGUGGAGCUCAGUGACUCCAGUGACACAAGCGAAUACAGUACAAGCUAUUACACCAUGCAGAGGAUCAAGAGGCAGGAGAGUAGACCACUUGGCCAGCAUGCAAAUGGUGAAUUGCUUUUGCCAUCUGUAUAUAGACACAAUCAUUCUGCCAUGCUGGAAAGAAAUGAAAGACCUUAUAAGGGUUUUUCUUUGAAGGAAGGAGACACAGAAGUCAAGAGUUAUUUGCAACCUCAGGAUGAGCAUCGCUCUAAUGGAGAAGGUGAAAACAAGUUUACUGGCCCUCAGAAUUUUAAGAAUCACCCAUCUGUAGAAAGCCAGCCUGAUGGUACAUUACCUCUACAUAUUGGUGACAAGGAACUUAUCAUACUGCAAGUGAACCAUGAGAUGCAGGACAAAGCUCAGUAUCUAAGGAAACAGGUGGAUGACAUGGUCACAGUUUUGGAGGCCAGUGAUUUAGUUGAACAGCUGGUUCUGAGAAACACAGGACUGACUGAUGACUUACUUGGACGCCUCAUAACGGCAAUGAUGAACAGCCCAUCUGAAGUGGAGAUGAUAAACCUGAAUCUGAACAGUAUAGGACCUCCAGGAGCCCAACUUCUGUUAGACCUGCUCAAAGUCAAGCCAAAAGUUAAAGGCCUUUUGUUAUUUGGAAAUCAGCUUGGAGAUGAUGGUGUCUGCAAACUACUGACAGGUCUCACAGAACUCCAGAUGGACAGAGAAGAUGAGCUACUUAAACUCCAGCACUCGGGAGAGAGGAAGAACUUCACCUUAUUGGAAUUGGACAUUGGUGGGAAUAAGACCACCAGUAAAGGGCUAAGGGCUGUGGCCUCUUUUCUAACUCGGCAUUCAUUCCUACAGUAUUUGGGUCUAGCCCAAAGCAAUGGUGCAGAUACAGAAGGAUGGGAAGAGGUCUUUAACAGCUUGAAGACCAACAAUUCAGUCAGCCACAUAAUCCUGGAUGAAAACUGCUUGGGUGAUGAAGGAGCAAAGCUAUUUGCAGAGAUGUUAAAAUCUAAUCAGAGCCUUUGUAAGGUUGAUUUAGACAGUAAUGGAAUUGGGGAACGGGGUGCGCAUGACAUCCUUGAAGCUUUAAUCAGCAGACGUGGAUGCUCUCUGGAACACUUGAGUUUGGAAAAUAACGUCAUUGGUGAUGAACUCUUAACAAAAAUUCAUGAGCAACUCAAACCUAAGUUUUUAUAAUGCUUUAUAAAGUUGCUU